GCAUCUGUGACAGACCAUAAGAAAGUUUACUCCCAAACCGCAAGCCUACACCACCUUCUGACUUAAAACACAAGCUUGGAUACACACCCGACCUCCACAGAGCCUUUUUUUUUCUUUCUUUGCUUUUUUUUUAUUCAGGAUACUUUGAGAAACAAAAACUCCUCAAUAAUAUGGGAAAGGAAAAUAUCAGUUUUUUGACAGUUUGGAUAAUUCUGGGAAAAAUCUUUGCAACUUUUUCUUCUGACCCUGAACCCACCACCGGCACCACCACCAGCAGCACCGGCAGCAGCAGCAGCAGCACUGUGUUCGUAAACACCACCAUCACUGCUACUCCUCUGCCCACCACUGCUGAAUGGAUCACAGACUACACUGACAUUGUGUCCAAGUUCUCCUUGCGCACAGCCGAAAUCCCAGAUGAUGACAUGUGCUACAUUGUCCCCGGCAGGCCGGACACCAUCGAGGAGUGUGAAUUCAACAAUGAAACGCAGAGUUUCAUCGUGAUACAUGGCUGGACGGUAACAGGGAUGUUCGAGAGCUGGGUCCCCAAGCUGGUGUCGGCCCUCUACGAACGAGAGCCGAGCGCCAACGUGAUCGUGGUGGACUGGCUGACCCGCGCCAACCAGCACUACCCCACAUCUGCAGCCUACACCAAACUGGUGGGCCGGGACGUUGCCAAGUUUGUGACCUGGAUCCAAAAAGAGCUGCAGUUGCCCUGGGACAGGAUUCAUCUGCUGGGUUACAGUUUGGGGGCGCAUGUGGCCGGGAUCGCCGGAGACCUCACAGAACGUAAAAUCAGCAGGAUCACAGGUCUGGAUCCUGCUGGUCCCACCUUCGAGCACGCAGACAACCAGAACACCCUGUCCAGAGACGACGCCCAGUUUGUGGACGUGCUGCACACCAACACCAGGGGCUCCCCGGACCGCAGCAUUGGCAUCCAGAGACCCGUGGGCGACAUCGACAUCUACCCCAAUGGAGGCACUUUCCAGCCAGGCUGCGACAUCCAGAACACACUGCUAGGGAUCGCGUUGGAAGGCAUCAAGGGCCUCCAAAAUAUGGACCAGCUCGUCAAAUGUUCCCACGAGCGCUCCAUCCACCUGUUCAUCGACUCUCUGCUGAACAUCGAGCAGCAAAGCCUGGCUUACCGCUGCAACUCAAAGGAGGCCUUCAACAAGGGCCUGUGCCUCAGCUGCAGGAAGAACCGCUGCAACAAGCUCGGCUACAACAUCAACAAGGUCCGCAGGACCCGCAGCACCAAGAUGUACCUCAAGACCCGCGAUAUGAUGCCUUACAAAGUUUUCCACUAUCAAGUGAAGGUGCAUUUCUUCAGCAAGGACCCUCUGAGCUUCACGGAGCAGCCGAUGAAGAUUUCUCUGUACGGAACCCACGGAGAGAAGGAGGACAUUUCCUUCGUCUUGCCGGUCCUGAAAGGUAACACCACUCUGUCCUUCCUCAUCACCACCGAUGUGGACAUCGGCGACCUGAUGAUCGUGAAGCUGCGCUGGGAGAAGGACACGAUCAUCAGCUGGUCAGACUGGUGGGGCAGCAGCAAGUUCCACAUCCGCAAACUGCGCAUCAAGUCAGGGGAGACCCAGUCCAAGGUGAUCUUCAGCGCAAAGGAAGGAGAGUUUGUCUACCUGGUCAGGGGAGGAGCAGAUGGAGAAUUUGUCAAGUCAAAGGAAGACAACCUGAGCCGUAAAGAGAAACUGAUGCACAAGCUGAAAAUGCAGGGCAGUCUCUUUGCUCAGAACGACGCUUGAAGGUGCACGUGGGAGCGCCCCUCCCACCACCCCGCCCCCACCCAUCAUGCGCAUCAUCCAUCCCCACAUAUACAGCCAAAGAUCGACAGCACACAGCAACACAACAAUGGGAAAGCCUUUUUUUUUUCAAAGCACCCGGACUUACACUGAAUGCUGCGUUUUUUUUCUCAUCUAUUUCUUCCUGACCUUUAAACUCCGUGUGCAACCAACACAACCUCAACCACUGUGCUGGAAAUCAGUCCGCUCAAGAACUUUCUCCUGUCUCUGCUGCAAAAUUCUGCUGCUGAGAAAUGUUACAGGUUUCUCUGUGAUGAUGUGCUCACUUUUUGACAAAUGUACACUUUUAGUGGCUUUUGCUGCAUAUCUUUGUAAUCACUUGUUUAUGCUUUUGUAGCCUAUAUGUACUGUUUAUACUGGUUUGGAUUUGUUUUUUGAGCUGGUGUGUUUUCUUUGCCAAUGUGAACUUGGAUUAUUGUAAAUGUAUAAAUAAUUCAGAGUGACAGGCACAAUUAAGGCACAUGUUCUUUUUUUUAUGUUUUAAAUGUGCUAAACGAUCAUUUUGUCUUUAAUGUUUAUCUUUGCCUAACCACUAAUUGCCAACAAUCAACAGGGACCAAAGUAUUUACUAUUUACUGAACAGAGAAUCCCCAAGGUCUUUGUAAAUACCUUUUUUUAAUCAGUAUUAUAUAUAUAUUUUUUGAAUAUGAGUCCUGUGUUGAUAUCUGAUUUCUUUAAGCCUUGCUUGUCUUUUGAUUGUGUUUUGGUUAUUGUGUCACUGGUCACUUUAAAAGGCUCUCAAUCCCCCACAGCCAUUUAGAUUUUUUUAGGUCACUGAGUGUGUGGCCCAACAGGGAUAUGCAUUUUUUUAAAUUCGAUUUUCAAAUUUGUUGAAGAAUUUGAACUGAGGUUACUAUUUAGAUUAACCAGUAAUACCUUUUUUAAUUACUUCAUGAUGGGUCAACAGCGUCUCUACUGCAACAGUUUUACCUCAUUGACUAAGCUCCGUCUCAGCGUGCCCUUAUUUUGAAAGGUCAAAUGUUGCAAAAUUGCCGAAAACAAAACAUGCAAGCGUUUUGUGAUUUGUGACUGACUGACCUACAUGAUAGCCAUAAUACAUCUCAAGAAUACGUCAUAUUGUAUUUAUUGAAUGUACAUUUAUAUAUUUGUAUAUUAAGCUGUAAUAUAUUUUGGCAGGCUUUCAUUUCGGCUGUAUUUUUUUAAAUGAAGUAUUUUGUGAUUUUAUGCACGAGGCUUUGGAAAGAUUGAUCAAAUUGGUCUCCAUGCCAGCUGUUCAGUACAUUUAGUUGUACAAACUGAAAUGCAGUGCACUGUAUUUGAGCCCAGGAUGGUUUAAUAAAGAGAUGAAUCACAAUA